AUGGCGAAUGAUACGCAGCCAACAACAAAAAAGGCAGUCAUAUCUGCCUUCGGCGACGUCUCCAACAUCGACAUUAUCACGGAACCAAUACCGCCCCCGUUGCAAAAUGAAGUCCAAGUUGGCGUCAUCUACAGCGGCUUCUCCGGAGCAGACAUCCACAUGCGCCUGGGCCGGUAUCCCAGGCAGCCCUCCGCACCCCUUACACCGGGAUACUGCUUCGUCGGCCGCGUCAGGGCCAACGGCUCCGCGUGCACCAAGUUCCAGGUCGGCGACCGGGUUGCCGCGCUGACGGUGUACGGCUCCCAGUCCGAGCUGGUCAACAUCCCGCAAGGCAAACUGAUACCCGUCCCCGCCGACAUCGACUCGCAAGUUGCCUGCGCCCUGGUUCUCGACUGGGCAACCGCGUACGCCAUGGUCUUCAACACGGCCAGGGUGGCCGAGAAGCAGCGCGUCUUUGUCCACGGUCUAAGCGGCGCCGUAGGCCAAGCCAUCAUGUCUCUGUCGCAAUUGCAAGGAGCCGCAGUCUACGGCACAUCAUCGGAAAGAAACCACGAGGACCUCAAGAGGAUGGGUGCUGUGCCCUUCUCAUAUAAAGACCAAAAGUGGAUCAAGGAGAUGCAGAACCUGGGCGGUGCCCAUGUGGUCUUUGAUGCCCUCGGUUUUGAAAGCUUCGACCGGUCGUACUCUAUUCUGUGCCACCAUGAGCCGGCUCGACUGGUUGGAUACGGGGCAAAUCUGCCGUAUCUCGGCGAGGACAAGGGCAAAUUUGAAUCACCGGUCCCGAGUGUCGUCAAGCUGUUGAUGCGCAAUGCUGCGGUGUGGAGCAACAAGUCGACGAGGUUUUACGACAUUAGCAAAGACAAGGACUUUACCGAGAACCUGGCCCGACUUAUGCAGUUGGUACAGCAAGGCGAGCUCAAGGUUCCUAUCAAGCAGGUCUGGGGGUUGGAUGAUAUUCGCGAGGCGCAUAGCGGUUGGGGCAAGGCUCGUGGGAUGGGGUCCGUUCUCAUUCGCGUCGCUAACGAAGUGAGCUUGCCGUCCAUCGAAGUGUCUGCUGUUGCAGAGUCAGGGGUUUAA